CCAUGGGAGCUGGAGGCGUUGUGUGUUUUCACAUGGACUCUCUCUCUGCAGUUGCGGACUGACUUCCUUUCUGUCCCGAGUUAGAGGUCCGGGAGACCCAUUUCUUGACCUUCUGAAAGCAGCCGAGUUGUCACUUUAUUCGAGUUUUGCUGCGACGCGCGUGUCUCUGAGAGUCUCACUCGUGUAGAUCUAGAUCCAAGCCAUCCAAGACCUCUAAAGAGAAGAAUUACCACACUUAUGGCAGGGGUUCUGCACUCAGUAUUUCAGAGGCCUCCAGGCAGAUUACAGACUGUGAAGAAAGGUGCAGAAUCUCUCAUUGGUUCAGAAUGGAUACGUCACAAAUUUACCAGAUCAAGAAUUCCAGAUAAAGUGUUUCAGCCUAAACCUGAAGAUCAUGAAAAAUAUGGUGGGGACCCCCAGAACCCUCAUAAACUGCACAUUGUUACAAGAAUAAAAAGUACAAAGAGGUGUCCAUACUGGGAAAAAGAUACGAUCAAGAUGCUCGGCCUACAGAAGGCACACAGCCCUCAGAUUCACAAGAACAUCCCGUCGGUGAAUGCAAAGCUGAAAGUGGUGAAACACUUGAUACGCAUCCAGCCCCUGAAGCUGCCACAGGGACUUCCCACAGAAGAGACCAUGUCCAGCACGUGCCUCAAGAGCACUGGGGAGUUGGUCUUGCAGUGGCAUCUGAAGCCUGUGGAGCAGGAAGCAAAGUCCUGAUGCCACACAGCUUCAGCUUACAGACACACUUACUGAGGAAACUAUUCUUAUUAAAGUGAAUGUUAAUCCAGUCA